AUCACGGUAAUGCACUUAAAGUGCAUUCAUUUUGACUUAAGUCAAAUUCUUUACUUAGCUGCUAAGUCGAACUUAAGUUCUGCUUCCUGAAACAGACUUAAGUGAAAAAUUAAGUUUGACUUAAGUGGCACUUAACUUUAACUUAGUUUUGGACUUACAUCAUUCACUUAAGUCAGACUUAAGUUUUUUUAUGAAACCGGCUAUCGUGAAUUGUGCGUUAUUUGUCAAUAUAUUUUAAGAGAUUAAUUGUAUCAACGACGUCAUCAACUGUUUCAAUCGUUGUUUUUCGUUGUUGUGUUCUACAUCAGUUGGUAUUUGAAUUGUGCUGCAACAUAAAUCAUUCAUUUUCACAAAUCGUUGUACAGGUAAUGAAUUGUUAUACAGAAGGAAAUUUAGGUGCAAAAAUUCAAUGAGGAAAAAUAGGAAAUGUGAGCAUUUUGCAAGAUUUGUUAGGCUUAUCUCAACUGAGCAUUUUUUCUGUAUUUUAUUUUACAUAAAAAUGUGUUUUUCUUCUCUUCAGAUACUUCCAUUAUGGACUCCGAAUUAACAAAAGCUUUUUUUACACAUAGUGUUGUUGCUGCCGCAAUUAAAUUCAACACAAAAAAUUUCCCGUCAAACUUAUAUCCAUCACACACUUUAACACAAACGACACAACAAGAACAGCAAGUUAUGAUGGUAAAUGAAAGCAAAGAUGAAGAGUUAAAUUUUUUUAACGCCCUGGCAUUGUUGUUAAACAAAAAAGAAGAUUGUACAGCCCUGUGGCUGGAUAAAGAAGAGAAUACUCUGUUUAUUGGGAGAAAUGAAUCACCCGAUGACGGCGAUGCACAAUAUAUAAACAAUUUUAUGACGUUGCUACAGGUUUAUGCUGCAGCCAAUGCUUCAGCUGAAGAAAAAUUUAUUCAAUGCAAUACUGGAAAAGUUCUUCGGUCAUUUAAACCGGAAGUUCUGACAAUUGCAUGUCCACGGCAAUAA